AUGAUAAAUUAUUUGGUUAAAUUAUAAAUUAAUUAAUUGAUUAAUUGUUUAUCAAGCAAAUUAGUUAGUAAUUUUGCAAAAUUAAAAAAAAAUUAAAAAUUCAAAAUACCCUUUAAAUACAUAUCUUUAUUGAUUGAUUAUAAGCAAACAUACAAACAAAGAAAGUAAGGACUCAACAUAGAUAAAAUGCUCACACAGUCAGAAAUGAAUAAUUAAAAUAUUGGUUUUUUGAUUAAAACAAUCAUCGUCGGUGAUGCAUCUGUAGGAAAAUCAAGCAUAUUAAAGCGCUUUACAUAAAACGAGUUUUAAGAUACUUAUAAUGCCACUAUCGGUCUUGAAUUCGAAAGCAAAGAUGUUACUAUUGAAAGCGAUAAUUAAGAGGAAAGCUCUAAAAUAACACUUUAAAUAUGGGAUACUGCAGGAUAGGAGUCUUUCAGAUCUAUUGUUAAAUCUUUUUAUAGAAACUCUGCAGCUGUCUUACUUGUUUAUGAUACUAAAGUGAGAAAAUCUUUUGAAGGUUUGAAAAUUUGGAUAAAUGAAAUUAAAGAAAACUCUCACAAUGAUGUUAUCAUAGUUUUGAUUGGAAAUAAAAAAGAUGAAGAAUAGGACGAAGUUAAGGUAAAAGAAAGGGAAAUAUAAGAUUUAAUUUAAGAGUAUAACUUAGCCUAUCACUUCUUUACUUCAGCAAAGAAUGAUUAUAAUAUUAAAAAAUCUUUCGAGUAUGUUGCUACUGAGGUAUAUAAUAGAUUUAUAAAGGAUAAGCAUGAAUUAAAAAACGGCAUUAGAUCAAGCACAAGAAGCUUGUCUAUUGAUAAUAACAAAGCAAGAGAGCUCUAAUAAUAAAUCGAUUAAUAAGAAUCUAGUCAACCAACACCUACUCAUAAAUACUCUAUAAAAAAUAAAAUAAACGAUAACUCAAUUAAUAAUCAAUCAUCUAAUAAAGAACAUCUCAUCCCUAAAACAGAGACUGAAAAACCCAAAAAAAAAGGAUGUUGUUGA